CUUUAAGAAACUCCAUGUUUUCGCUACAUGAUGCGUCAACAUAAAAAAGCGGAUGAUGCUGUUAUGUAAAAACACGCUGAAGUGAGUUUGCAGGGAGCUUUGCUGAACGCUUCGCACGCCUCGCUUCGUCUUCACAAACCGGGAUUUUUAGCUUUAAAGUGUUCGGACUGGUUGAUUUUUACGCGUAGCGCACGGAGCGGUGCAGUUUGGAGGAGUGGAGAGGAGGAAAAAAAAGGCUUCAGCCGAUCAACUCAACAUGAGUCGCCCUCCGCUCUGUUUUCCUCCUUCACUUGCGGGAAGCGUACACCUGACGCAUCACCCUGUCGCCCUGUGGAAGUGAUCUACCUAUUUAAAAUCGGUUUAUCUUCCAGUUUGAGACGCAACGAUCGCAUCUCGGUGCAAACUGAAAGUGUGAGGCAGGACGGGGAUCGAGCUCCGGGCUGGAGUAAUGUGUCAGCACAUACAGACACAGAUCGCUGCCUUUUCUGUGCUGAGCUGAGGAAACUUUUCUCUCCUGUCACUUGAGUCGUCUUUUAACGAGAGUGUACGGACGCUGGUGAUGAUCCGUGACGAUGCUCGCUGAACGGUCUCUCUGAGCUCAAACCACCAUCGCAGGACCCCGUGGAUGAAGACGCUGAGACCAUGGUGAAAGCUCAACGGAGCCAGCCUGUGAAAUGCAGGAAGCCCCGGAAGGAGAAGGGAGGAAAGGAGAAAGGAGGUGGCGUGAAAAAAGGGAAAGAGAGAAAGAAUGAGUUGAGAGGGAGGAAAAAGAAGGAUAAGAAAGAGCCACAUCGACACAGAAAGAAGACGCUGGCGGUGGGAGACGGAGACGGGCUGGACUGCUGCGUCCUGCUCACCCGUCUGGAGGAGAAAGGAGUCGUGUGUAAAGAGAAGGAUGCUCCUAAAGCUGGGAAAGAAAAGAGGGCUGAAGUCAAGAAGAAGCUGCACUCCAGCUCCAGUGGAAGAAGGACCAAAUCUGGACUUAAGAAAACUCGCACAGCCAAUCAGCAAGCACUGGAACCAAAAAUCAACCAAUCGGACACCUUACUCAUGUUCCCGGCUCUCUUUGAGCCCCGCAGGCGGAGAAUGGCCUCCCUCAACGCCGAGGCCGUCAACAGCUUGCUGCUCUACAGAGACGAUUCUCUCGCCGCGUCGAAUCUCGCAAAAAAACGGCAGACUUCAAACGAAGACAAAGCUAAAAGACUCGCUCAAACCGAACAAAAGGGUCAUAAAACCAAAAAGGUUUCUCCAGGAGGGAAAGCAAAAGAAAGACCUAAAAAGCAGAGGCGGUCGGCAGCUGAGGCUCAGGAGAUUGACUGGUUGGCGUUGUUUGCGCCAACGCCUCGGCGCCAGGCAGGCCUCACCGCCGCCACGUUGCUCAGACUCACCAGCGCCCAGUACGGAACCAAACGGCAGAAGAAGUCGGAGUCCACGCCGGCGAGCGGGAGCGAAGCAGCGGCUACGACUCAGGAUGAGAUUAGCGGGAAGCUAGCAUGUGGAGAAACAACACUGACCAAAAGAACAACACAUCCCAAACACGAGGACCAACUAAAGCACAUAAAACAGGGUACCGAGGAGCAUUCCCAGCUGGACGCCACCAUCCAGGGCUGCUGUAGUUUGUGUAAAAGCGAGGCUCCGGAGUGGAAGGGCGCCGCGGGAGGACCCGAGUGUCUCAAACACGAGCUCCACCGCGGCUCCUCUCUGGGAUUCUCCGUGAAAACAAUCAAAGAGGAGCAAGUGGAGGCCGAGGUGUCCUCCUGCUACUGCUGCUCCCAGGAGAGGUGCGUGGAGUACUGUCACAGACUGGCCCUCUUCCUCAAGGACAAGCCCUUCAAGGAGCCGGAGGACGGAUCGCCGCCCGAGGUGUUCCACCACCACCAUCACCACCAUCACCAUCACCACCACCAUCUGCAGCCGCCACACUCAGCCAUCACCAUCAGCCCGCACACUUACACCUGCUUCCCCGGCUACUACGUCCACUUCAGCCACCCGGACACGCCCCCCUCUCCCAUGUCGCCGCUCGCUUUGUGCCCAAAGAGCGGCAAGAGGCCCAAGCUGCUCCCCAGCAGCGGUCCGCAGCCCUCAGGGAUUACCCACCCAGUGUACUGCUGCGCCUCGGUGGAGGCUUGCUACGGAGAGCCCUGCAGGAUCAACGGCUACUCCUCCUACACCAGUGUGAUUCCAGGCCUCUCCAGAGGAGGCUGCUCCUUCAGCCCCGCAGACUGCACCACAUGUAACCACGGCAGCAUCAAAAGAGACGACUACCCAUCAGCCCUCAACGACCAUCACAGUCCCUCCUCCGUCCCCAUCAGCCCAAGCCCCAGGACCCUCACAGGCUGCCCCGUUCCCACUGUGCCUCCAGCCGGCCAAUCGGUGCCCCACGUUCAGACCCCGCUGUCCGACCCCAGCCAACCGCAGCCCCCUCUGCAGGUGGCAAAGGAGUGUCCUCAGAGUGCCAAGUCGCCCAGCGGGUCGAGGUCUGGCGCGCGCGGCACCGGCAGCAUCAGCUCGGCUGUCUGCCCUCUCAGCAGGGACAAGAAGCAGAAGCUCGGCUCUGCCAGCGUCGGAGGGCGUACGGUUGCCAAGCAGCCGAAGAACGGCCGCCAAAAAUCCACCAACGGCUGGCAGCCAGUUGGCCUGCCCUUUCAGAAGGAGGUUUUCUCUGUGGGGGAGGAGGCUCUGGUGCUGAGGAAGUGUUUCGAGGGAAUCCAGAGGGACGGAGAGCUGAUUCGGGUCAGAGACACUGUUCUGCUGAAGUCUGGACCUAGAAAGAAGACUCUGCCUUACGUGGCCAAGAUCUCAUCUCUGUGGGAGGAGCCCGAGUCAGGAGAGCUGAUGAUGAGUUUGUUUUGGUACUACCGUCCAGAACACACACAGGGAGGGCGAAACCCCAGUGUACAUUGUGAGAAUGAGAUCUUUGCGUCUCGUCACCAGGAUGUGAACAGUGUGGCCUGUAUUGAAGACAAAUGCUAUGUCCUAACACUGACACAGUAUUGUCGAUUUUGUGCCUUGGUAAAGCGCCGUAGGGAGGGCGUGCGUGACUGUGUCGCCUCCCUCGUGGUGCCACCCUUCGUCGGCAACCCCAUGCCCACCCACCACUGUGUGCCCGACGACGUCGACACAGAGCUGGUGUUCUUCUGUCGACACGUCUACGACUUCCGAUACGGACGCCUCCUCAAGAACCUGCAGUAGCAUCUGACGGGGCGUGACUCAUAACGCCAUGGGACGUGAGAUAAUGUUCUACAUCCACAGCUUUGAUUAGCUACAUACCUACCUGCUGCCUGUGUGACAGGGACUGGAAGUUCAGGAUGAAGGAUUGAGAGAUGAGCUACUUUUGUUUUGUUCAUAAGUACAUGGCACACAUUUAUUUAGUAAUGAGUUCUGGCUUGACAUAUUGUAUAAGAGUAAAUAUGGCAGUGUAAUGGCUCUGUGGUGUCGUAGCAGCUGUGUGAAGAACCUGGAACGUACUCUGCUGUAGAAAAUGCUACUGUAGCUCUUAGAAAUGUGACAUUUGAUAGAUAUGAAGAGAGGUUGAUGUUACAUGUGAAUUAUUUUUACUGUCUGCCUGACAGAUAUCAGAGUGUCUCAAUGAUACGCCAUAGCUGAGGAAAAAAUCUGAGGCAUAUCAAGCUGCAUAGGCCCUUGAGAGGAAACAAAGCAGAUUUCUGAGUGGCUGAAGAUUUCAUCACAUUUGUCAUUAGAUUUCUCUGUAAGUCAAUCACACUUAGAAAAAAAGCUCCAGAGUGAACAUCUGUGCUCAAGGUGUUUUUAAGGAUUAGUUUUUGGGAAAUGUGCUUUUUCGCUUUCUUGCCAAAAGUUAGAUGACUUGAUUGAUGUCGCUCUUUUGUCUGCAUGCUAAGUAUGAACCUACUUUCAGGACCAGUUAGCUGAAGACAGAGCAACGUGUCACAUAUUGAUGCUUGAUGAGAACCCCUUGGUGUCACUUUUUUUAAUGGACUGGGCUGAAGGACAUAUACAGUCAUGGAAACAAUUAUUACACCAACCUUGUUU